CCCUAUUUCCCCUCCCCAUUUUUCUCCCCAGAACUGGAAGAAAUUUGGCAACUCGGAGUUUGAUGCUCCUGGACCGAAUGUGGCCACCACCACUGUGAGCGACGAUGUUUUCAUGACCUUCAUCACCAGCAAGGAGGACCUGAACUGCCAGGAGGAGGAGGAUCCCAUGAACAAGCUGAAGGGGCAGAAGAUUGUCUCAUGCCGUAUCUGCAAGGGCGACCACUGGACGACCCGCUGUCCCUACAAGGACACCCUGGGGCCGAUGCAGAAGGAGUUGGCUGAGCAGUUGGGGCUGUCCACAGGCGAGAAGGAGAAGCUGCCUGGAGAGCCGGAGCCGGUGCAGGCUCAGCAGAGCAAGACGGGCAAGUAUGUCCCCCCCAGCCUGCGAGAUGGAGCCAGCCGCCGCGGGGAGUCCAUGCAGCCCAACCGCAGGGCUGAUGACAAUGCCACCAUCCGUGUCACCAACCUGUCUGAGGACACGCGUGAGACUGAUCUGCAGGAGCUGUUCCGGCCCUUCGGCUCCAUCUCCAGGAUCUAUUUAGCCAAGGACAAGACCACUGGGCAGUCCAAGGGUUUUGCCUUCAUCAGCUUCCACCGCCGAGAGGACGCAGCCCGGGCAAUUGCUGGGGUCUCUGGAUUUGGCUACGACCACCUGAUCCUCAACGUGGAAUGGGCCAAACCCUCCACCAACUGAAUCCAGUGCCGCACCGGCUCGCGGUGAGAGCGGUUGGUGCUUCUAAAUAAAGACACGUGGUCUGGUAUGCA